AUGGCCUCGCCGCCACACGUUGCCUCGCCGACGGCCAUGUCGCCGCCGUAUCCGUCGCCCGCGUCCAUUCCUAGCAAGAAGCGCUCGCCGAGCCUCGACAUGAGCGGCAAGCCACCGGCCCUGAAGCGCCGCAAGGCGUCGACGCUCUCGCAGUCGUCGGUGCCCGCGCACCCUCUGCGACAGACGUCCUUCCCGCCCGAGGCGCGGUCGCCGCGCACGAGGUCGCCGUCGAUGGACGCUCAAUCGCAUGUCAGCGGCAGCGUCGCCAGCGGUGUGGGAUCCACGGCGGUGGCGGCGGCGCGGAAGAAGCGCGGCCGCAAGUUGAAGGCUGGCGGCAAGGGCGGCGGCGACGACGGCGGCAAGGGCGACGACCAGGCAUCGAGCGUCGCCGGUGGUGGCAAGGCGGCCACGGCCGCUUCGGGCACGGGUGACAAGGACGCCGAGGACGACGAGGACGAAGAUAAGGCUGAGAUGGCGCUCGAGGCCGUUGUCGCGCACACGCAGGAGCAGAAGCAGGAGGAGAUUCGGCUGCGCGCCAUGCUGGUUGAGGCGUUUGACAGCGAGCAGUACAACCGGUACGAGCUGUGGCGCGCCGCCAAGCUGUCAGAUGCCGUUGUCAAGAGGGUUGUCAACGCUACCGUGUCACAAUCCGUCCCGCAGAUGGUCAGCACCGCCGUCAAGGCUGUGGCCAAGCUGUUUGCGGGCGAGAUCAUCGAGGAGGCGCGACAGGUGCAGGCCGAAUGGAUCCGCGCCGGCGAGCACCAGAGCGAGCUGCCCACGCCGCCGCCCACAACAGGGGACGCGGCCGGGGACGACGAUGCGACCGGUGGCGGCGGUGAUGAGGACCGCGAAAAGGACCCGAGGCGCGGGCCGUUGCGGCCGGACCACCUGCGCGCGGCGUGGCUGCGGUACCGCGAGUCGAAGCAGAGCCACGGCGUGGGAAUGCAGCAGUUGUGGCACAAUCAGCAGGGAAGCGGAGUGGAGCGCUUCUCGGCACGGACUAGGAAGCAAAUCUUCAAAUAG